UCGGCAACACUGCAUUCGAUGUUGAAUCACACAUAUAACGGCAUUUCCCAGCACUGGCAGCACCAGCCGUGGAAACUGUUUUUGUUACAACGAAAUAAUGCACAAUUGAGACGUUUUUAUAGCUGUAACCCGCCAUUGCCACGGCCACGGCCACCGCCACCGUCACCCCGGCCACCGGCACAGCAUGGACAAGCUACGCAGCGGCAGUGCAGGCACCCACCAGCGCACCUCCUCCCCGGGCCAAGGACCACUGUCCGAGCAACACCAUGUCGAGCAGUAUCCCAAAAACCUGAUCGAGCAAUAUCUGCGUGCCUCCAAUAAAAUCAAAAAGUUCGAGCGUGCCGGCUUUUUCAAACGCUUUGCGCCCAGCGUGAAUGAUGUACAGGCGGACUUCCAGAGGCUGGCGUACAGCUUCGAGGAGUCGGGCAUCAUGCAGUACGCGGCCAUGUGCCACAUUGGGUAUGCCAAGUGCGAGUCCUUUGGCGGGGCGCCGCAGCGGGAGUCGGAGGCCUAUGUGAGAGCCGCCCGCGCCUUCCUGCAGGCCCACAACGAGUUCGGGCUCCUCCACCUGCGCACCCAGCAUAGUGGCUUCCGGGAGGGCGCCAUUCACUGCUACCACAAGGCAGCGGAGCGCGUUGUGGACGGCUGCGUCUUCAAGGCGGCCAUUCUCCGCGAGCUGCAGCAGCUGCAGCGGCAGCUGGACCGCACCAGCAGCUUCGCCUCGCCCACCCACCAGAUCCACGACCUGGAAAUGAGCGCCGACCUGAGCACGCAGCGCGAGGACUACCGCAGUGCCCUCCAGCACUACGACGACAUCGUGGACAACAUCUACGAGCGUCGUGGGGCGCUGAUGUACAGCGAGCUGCUCAGGCGUGUGGAGGUCCUGCGCCUGCUGCUGCUGGUCCACCUGAAUCUGCCGCCUGCCCGGCAAUCGCCCGCCCACAUCAAGCUCAUCGAGCACUACUACAGCCUCGCCCAGUUCGAGGCGAGCCCCUGUCCGGGCUACAACAGCGAGCUAGUGGAGCGGCCCGGCGCCUUUGUGCCCCAGCAGCAGCAGUACGCCCUCGCCGAAAUCAUCUGUGCUUGGGUCGAGCGCAAAAUGUGCGAUCUGAAGCACCUACUCCGCGACUUUGCGGCCGAGUUCAGUUCGGCUAGCAAUGCUGAGCGCCAGCUGCUUAAACUGAUCUACGCGGACCUCUCCACAGUGUACUAGCCGCGUGCGAGCACGGCUCGUCACGGCAUUCGUUGUAUGAUUACCAGUACCAUGGAUUGUAGCAUAGUAUAUGAUACGAUACAUACAUAUAUGAUUAUUUUAUUACGAUUAUUGAUUAGCGUUAGCACACGUAACUAGUAUCGCUUAAGUGUAACCAAGUCUACCAUUCAACCUUUGAACGUGCCUACACUCGUACACGCAAGAAACGAGAAAACGAACCACAGACCAGAAGCGGGAAGCAGCAGGUAAGGGAGGAGGCGCACUUCGGCGCACCGAAGUCUAUAUACCCUUGCAGUUGGACGGACGACCAUUUAAAGACGACAACAAACUCUUAUUUCUUCGAGC